AAAAUGUGAAGAUCCUAUAUCCCUCUAAGCUGAGAGUGGGGAGGGAGAGAAACAGACACGAAAGAAGAAUGGCUGUCCUUACCAUAAUCUCUCCCCCUCCAUUGCUGCCUUCACUUUGUGCUUCAUUACCUUUAUCAACGAAGGCCAUUUCUACUUCUCCAGUUUCCAGGUUGCACUUGAAAUCCGUCUCUCUGCUCUCGAAGUCCUUCGUUGGAAUUUCCUUUUCGACUGUGAGAAAGGGUACGGUGACUGUGAAGGCAUCGACGGAUAUUAAGGGGACGGGUUCUGAUGCUGGGGAGUCUGUGUCAGAAAGUGAUGAUGAAGAGAAUUUGCUAUCGGAGAAAAUUCCUCUUGAUGCAAAGCUACAACAGAAGCUUGAGCAGAAGUUGAGGAUGAAAUUGGCAAAGAAGAUAAGGCUUCGCAGAAAGAAACUUGUUCGGAAGCGAAGGAUGAGGAAAAAGGGACAAUGGCCACCUUCAAAGGCAAACAAGUUGAAGAAUGUUUGAUAUUGAAUCCUCUUAUCUUUUAGGUUUUUUUGCUCAUAUAGGGAGACAACUGAAACUCAGGAGAUUCCUGAAGCUCUGCGAGUUUAAGGUGGACUUUCCCUGGAAAAUUGCAGACUAAGUGCUUGGAUGUAGUGAGAAUCAAGUGGAUUGAGUUAGAUCAGGAACUAUAAAGUUAGAAUCGGCAGGUGGUACGUUAUAUCCCUGAAACAACUGGUGCUAAAUCAUGUAAAAGAAAGAUUUGUAAUUGGCUGAUAUACAUCUAAGGACAAUAGUCAAUGUUGCUUGAUGGGUUCAAAUGGAACCGACGGUUGAUUGUA